AUGGGGGGUUCCGGAGGCGGUAACAAUGAUACCGUUCGGCCGCCGCUUCACCAAUGCAUGCUCGCCGGCGGCCUAGGCGGCUGCACAGGUGACAUGCUGAUGCACUCCCUCGACACCGUCAAAACCCGUCAACAAGGUGCCCCCAAUGCGAUAAAGUACGAAACUCUAGGACGAGCCUAUACGACGAUCUUUCGAGAAGAAGGGUUUAGAAGAGGUCUUUAUGGAGGUGUUACGCCAGCUUUUCUGGGGAGUUUACCGGGGACGAUGAUCUUUUUUGCGACUUACGAAUGGAGUAAACGAAAUAUGCUGCAACAUUGGAGGUGGUGUCCUGAAAGUUUGGUUUAUUUGUCGGCUGGGUUCUUGGGAGACUUAUUUGCUUCGGUGGUAUAUGUGCCUUCAGAGGUCCUCAAGACUCGAUUACAACUACAAGGACGUUACAACAAUCCAUUCUUCCAGAGCGGGUACAAUUAUCGAAACACCUUCGAUGCGGCCCGAACGAUCGUAAGAACAGAAGGGUGGAAUGCAAUGUUUUACGGCUACAAAGCAACAUUAAUGCGAGAUCUGCCGUUUUCCGCUCUACAGUUCGCAUUCUGGGAGCAAUUCCAAAAAUGGGCGAAAGCUUCAUGCGUCGGUGAAGAUAUAGGAAUAGGCCUUGAAAUCCUCACAGGUUGCGCAGCAGGUGGCCUAGCCGGUACUUUGACCACCCCACUCGACGUUGUCAAAACACGAAUCCAGACACAAGUCCGCACCGAUCUCCCACACGAACCUCUCCCUUCAGCCGACACAAAACCACGUAUACAAACACAUACGAUUAAUAUUCCACGACAAAUGACAGCAAUAAAACAUCUACACACUUACUCGUCCGCAAUACCACCGCAAUCGACAUUGGCGAAGGGUGUCGGGUCGAUGCAGAGUCACUUGAGGAACAUUUCGACGGGUGGGCCGAGUACGACGCCGCCGAUGAAGAAUGGAGCGAUGAUUUUGGAAACGGACAGCAUUUUGACCGGGUUACGGCUGAUAUUUAGACAUGAGGGGGUGGUGGGAUUGUUCAGAGGGGUGUUCCCGAGGGGCGUGUGGACAAGUAUUCAGUCGGGUGAGAACCAUGCUGGUGAUGUACCAGACUCUACUGAAGACGUUCAAUCCCGGGGUAACUAUGGAUAUGGAAAUGUAACAGUUUCAUACCUACCUCAGGGUGCCUGUGCAGGACAUAAAACGAAGAGCUAA